GUUGAAGAUUCAUAUAUGAAUUCGACCUUCUCAAGCAUAACUAUAAAUAACAUCUCCAUUAAAUACAACCGAUGGCAAGUCUUGGCUAAACUAUUUAUCAUGGACAAUUACCGACGGAGAGUUGAUUUUCCCUUUUAUUAUUCACGAAUCACAAUUUUAGUUACAGCUGCAUCUUCCAGCAGCCUGGUUACUUCAUGGAUAAAAGAAUCAUUAAUUUCGUUGUCAGGGGAAGUUACUUCAUUAUUGGUCAAUACGAUGUCGUGUUGUAACGCUACAUAUACUUCCAGCAGCCUGAUUACUUCAUGGACAAAGGGCGGUAUGUCUGGUUCUUUGCAAGCCCAAAACUCUGUUGAACCAAAAUUAGGAUCAUCUAUGUUGCCAACACCUUCUUUAAUGGCCUCAACAAUGUAUCGAUCAGAAAGUGCGUCCUCUAAAAGCAAGUGUAUGUUGUCACCAUCACCAACGAUGUCCUCAUUUACAAAAGCGUCCUCUAAAAGGAGCUGCACGCUAUCAUCAUCACCAACGAUGUCCUCAUUUACAAAGGCAUUUGAUUACAACAAAAUCUCAACGACGACGUCACAUGUAGAAAAAAUUCAGUCGACAGUUAUGGUUGCACCAAAUCAAUCUGUUCAUUUAAAUGAUGAUCAGUACCCAGUCUCAGAUGAAAAGCAACGAGUUAUAUGGACGUGGAUAUUUAUAUGUUUUAGUGCUGUGAUUAUCGUGAUUAUAAGCAUAACAUUGCUUACUGUAUACAUUUGGAAGAUUUUACGAUAUACUAGGCACUCGGUUAAAGGAGAGUUUCCCUUUCAACUUCCAUUAAAAGCAAUGAUUCCAGGCUCCUGUACCAUCGUAGAUCGAAUCGUCGUUUUACUCUCUUCAGCGAAGAAAAAGAACGUUCAGCAGUUGCUGAGCUAA